UAUGGUCUGCAGUGCUACAAGUGUUCGGUAUUGACGAGUUGGGAUGACUGUGACAAGAACAAGGUAAAGACGACUUGUCUUCCCGGUUUCGACAGCUGUCGCAAAGUUUUUGUCGAUGGAGAAGUGUCAGGCGUAACCUUCAAGACUUAUAUAAAGGAUUGCACCAUCAAAGCGGGCUGUAGCGAUGACCAGUGCAAGGCAUUGGCACAAGCGGGAGCAAAAGUCAACGAUUGUAAAGUCGACUGCUGUGAGGGUGACCUGUGCAAUGGAGCUAAAGUACCAUUGGUCAGCGCUUUUCUGCUAGGGGCAUGCGCUCUCCUAGCUUUUUUCCGUUAAGCAUUCCCUAGCGUGAACUGGUUUGAGUUUUUAAUAGUGCUCUGGAUUAUCUUGAGAAGUGGUUUUCAAGCUGUAUCUUUGUAGUAUAGUUCAUUUUAAUUACAUCUGUCAAGUCUUGUACUGUUUUCGCAAGGUGAUGGGUAACAAGGGAAAAACACAUCGUGUUCAGGAACGUUUGUUCUGUCUAGUUUGUUAGAAGGUCAUUUCCUCAUUAAAGUUUGUUAUUAAAGAAGUGCUCUCUUUGAAUCAUAACUGACUUGAAAUAGCUAGGCUUCGCUUCUGGACACUUUACUCGUGCCUUAAAAACCCAAAUACAAAUUACACUUCUGCAGAUAAAUGUAGCCAGCACAUCCAAUAGUCCAGGAAUCUUAUCGUCAAAAACAGUUCUAGUUUCUAAUUGCCACUUAAAAAAAUAGGAAACUUGCAGCGUGCAAACAUCGAGUAUUAAUUAUAGUAGUACGCGCGUUCUGAUUGCUAAAAAAUCUAUGUUUAUUAUACCUGUAAACUCAUAGAAAACGUCCACGACACCACAAGAAAUACGCAAAACUGGCUUUAGGGCUGCAAACAGAGAUUGCAAAAACAGAGAAAUGUACUUACUCAGCCUCUCUCUAUUUUAAAAAGCGCUGUUCUCCACAUUUUAGUACUGAGUUUCAAUUCCGUUUUUCCUGCUGGCAUAGUUUGAAAAGUUAUAAGAACAAACUGGAAAGCUACGAUGCGAAAUCGCAAAAAACUAAAGACAACUGUGUGAAUUUCUGGUGUAAAACGUUCCUAGAAAAACUUAACUUGUACUAUUUACCAGAAACAAAACCGAUAGUUCUUGCAAUCUUGAUGUUGAGCUGUAUGUUUUCUCUGUCUCAAUUAAAUACCUGAAUGAAAAGCAUUGUCCUAAAAGAUCUCACCGAUUACAUUUUAGAGUCAUUUUAGCACAAAAUCGUGCAGCCGGGUAGCUGCACGAGUAAACAAACUCUUAACGAUGAUGAAAGAUGUCAGCUUCCGGUGUUUUUCUUUUUUUCAGUAUUUGCACAAAUCAUCCAGUGAUGCCAAUGUUAUAACCUCCGUCAAACCAUCCGGCUUUCAAAAAUGAACCACAACUUUCAAUUUAAAACAAGACAUGUUUCGAUCGAUCCGCUGACGACUUAUCUUCAGUAGCUGCAAGUAAUACAGUAUGUGAUUUGAUCCGGUUCAUGUUGUCUUUCAAGCUCUUUCAGCAGCAUAAUUAAAAGUAUAAAACUGUUCUAGUGAGGCCUUAAACUGCUGUUUAAAAAGUAAAAUGUAAAAUCCAAGCUUUGGCCGAUCAACCGCAUCAUCAGGGAUGUGAAAAUAUUCCGCGCGCGCUAUAUAUAUGCAAGAAAGUGUGUAGAAGAUGUGACGAAUGUAUGAAAGCUAUAGAAAUAAACUGUGAAUGCAAUACAAAGCUCUAAUGAUGGAAUGUCUCUAGACAAAGGACCUCUAAAAGCGCUUAAGAAUGGUCUCUAAAAUAAAAUACUAAAAUAGAAGGUCUGCGAAUUCAGUACAUUCUUCUCGGGAAUUGAGUGUAGGCUUGCACUUUCUAAUGUAAAAUGCUUCAUAGUGGCGUAGAGUAACGGGGUCGUUUUCGCUCAUAAUAAUCUUGACAUCAAUGCCUUUAUAGUCUUUGUUCUGGCAGGAAUAGAUAUGUUUUUUAACAGACGAGUUUUUAUUAUUUCAUUAUCUUCUACACAUUUCACCCUACACUUUCUUUGCAUAUAUAUAGCGCGCGCGGAAUAUUGUCUCAUCCCUCGGAUGAUGCCGUUGAUCGGCGAAAGCUUGGAUUUUGUAUCCCAGUUUACUUUUUAAACAGCAGUUUAAGGCCUUACUAGAACAGUUUUAUAUUUUUAUGUGAUUUGAAUUAACAAUAAAUGAUGAUGCAUGAAGCAAUUGUACUAACGUUACAACUCGUGAUUACAAUUUAAACUUAAGGUUAUUAAAAUAGGCGCAAGAUAACAAACAUUACACACGCAUGUUUUACUCUAUCGACGAUAUGUAGAUGACACUUUUUGUGUUUUUGAAACGGAACACGAUGCUGAAUUAUUUUUCAAUUAUAUCAACCCUAGGCACCCCAGAAUUCAUUUUACCAUGGAUAAAGAGGUAGACCACAAACUAGCGUUCCUGGGUGUCCCAAUUCACAAUGACGCUCGAUCCACAUCUUAAAGGCAAUUUUUUUCCCGAAAAAGACUUUUAGGGACUUACUAACUAACUUCUUUAACUUCACCGCCUCGUGUUACAAAGUUGGCCUUGUUACGGCGUUGGUUGAUGAGGAGAGGCAACGCUUGAAGUUUACAGUCAAAAUUAUCUUCUUCGAUGUACAGCAAGAAUUACACAAUUUGCAAAAAGCACGUGUGAGGAAUAUCUUUCCAACGGACUGAGGACAGCCGAUCACAAUGGGUUUUACAGUGAGCUAUAUUUUGCAAUAAACAGUUUAGACAGUUUAGAACACCGAUUAUGUGCGACAUCUUAG